AGUUCCGAUUGGACUUACCUGUGGCAACCUCGAUUUCAAAUUUGCUUCGCCCUUUUGAUCGAUUUUGUAUGCCUGAAAGGCACUUGUGUUUCCCCAGGUGGAAGCAGUGACGUCCCACACGCCCGCCUCCUUUCAAAUGUCACGAUGGGUGUUGACCCUCUUUCGCCUAUUGCGCCCGCGCGCCUGAGGGCUUUGAUUCUUCCCAUUGGCAACAUCAAACGGUCCCGGUUCUUGAGUUUCGCUGCCAGACUCCAGGCCGAAAAUGUUGUCCGCUUGGGGGACAUUAGCCCCGAUGCGCGGCCCAAUCGAAAUAUGUUCUCCCCCCUAGCCUUCCCGACUGGCAUCAUUCUCUACGACCUCUCCUUCUCCAUGCCCCCUAUCUCGCAUUUGGAACUGUUCCCUUUUGAAAUCUUCCGCGAGCCCCUUGUGGUCCUUGCCAUAGCGGAUGGAACUGAACUCGGUGGUUCUACAAAGGAAAACGGGGUAGGGCCGUCCCCAAACAAGUCGCCGGCUCCGGAUGGCCUGGACCAGCUCCGGCAAGAACUAGAACUCGUGAAAGAGAAGAACCCAAGAGCAUUGGUCCACCAGCUUCUCGUAUUCGAUUAUGAUGGAGUUGAUAAACUAUCCAAUGGCCCGGAUAAUGUGCUAUGGAUUCCACCCCCGCAGGCCUCCAAGGCAACCACGAUGAAAACCGUUUUAUGCGAUAUAACUUCUAUACUCCUUUCUGAAAUGGAUGAUUUUGCGAAAACCAUACAGGGCAUACCUUCGAUUGAAUCACCCAAGGCAUCGUCUUGGGGUCCGCAUCGGGGCCCCGAUCUACGCCGUCGGCCAACAGACAGGCUGUUUCACAGGAUGACGAUGCCUGCGCAGCUUCCCUCAAACCCAUCGGGUGGCUCCGAGACGCCCGUGGGUUCUACCCACAGUUCACCUACCCCAGGCGAUCAUGAAACCCCAACAACGUUCGACGAAAUCACUCGAUCCAUACAGCUCACUACCCGUUCCAACACUGCCGUGCGCAAGCCACAUUCCCUGCCGUCAUCCAAAGAGCAUAGUCGGGAUCGAAUGUCUGUGGGCGGCCUGAGCGCAACAGACCGAACCAAGAAUCGAAUAAAGGGGCGUGCAGGUGUUGUCAUUGGAACUCUGUUUCUUCAAACCGGCAGAUGGCCUGACGCCUUGAAAGAGCUUGUUGAGGCAGCAUCGAACGCACGAGCAACCAGCGACUAUGUGUGGUAUGCCAAGGCUCUCGAAUCAAUCCUCCUUUGUUUAUUGAUGUUUGCUUGGGCUGGCAUGGAUUUCCAUAUUCCUCCAAUCUGCUAUCCUGUAGCGGAGAAGUCGUCUAAAUCAUCCUUGAGCAGUACCUUCGACCCUAGUCAACCCACACCGGGGAAUCGGCUCGUCUCUUUGCAAAAUCUUUCAAACCUUUUGCCUGACCUGACGAACAACAUCCUGAACCUUUACAAUCGUGCGGCCAACAUCACGGAUGAGCCACUCCCUCAGCUGGUUUUCUCUGAAACCGUUAUACGCCUAUCAAGAUUGCUCGUUGCCUGCCGUAUUCGCGAUGGGGCGUUGGAUGACGAUGCAUUGAAACACAUUGUCAUGAAUGAACGCCUACGUCCCUUGUACCGGCCGGAACGGCCACGGGGAUUGACCAUCCUUCGAAAAACGGAAAUUGCAAACUUUCUCUUUCGUGGGUUACCCCUUUCUGCUGGCUCAGAUUUACCCGCGACCGAUGCCAUACCCAUCUUAAUUGGGAUCGUCUCCGUUUUGAAUGCCCUUGACCUACCACGGAAGAAGGCUUUCAUCCUAAGGGAACUUCUUUCCAUCAUGGUCCCAGCUCUUGUCCAGGCUCGAAAGAUUGGCGCUGCUGAAGUUGGUAUUCACCCCGCAGCCGGCCUAUCCUCCCUCAGCGAGAGAGCCUUCGAUAUGAAUGCUCUUGAUGUAGGACCAGGGAACAUGGAAUACAGCAUGCGUUCCCUUCUUGCUACAGUAGGGGAGAUAUACGGUGUCCAGUCCUCUUCAUUUACUGAAUGGGGGAAGAGACUGUCGUUGAGUGCUAGCGAAAUCCAUGUCCCUGAAUAUGACUCGGUAGCAGCGAUCAUAGAAAGAUCAUUUCGGCACCUCGUUCUAGAUCAUUACGGGGAUCUGAAAUUGAAGAUUGAUGUCCUCAGGACGUGCAUCAACUCCUGUGAAGCCCUGCCGGAUUUUGGCGGUGUUCUUCGGUUCACUGUUGAGCUGCUUCAGACUAUUCGAGGAGACCUUAUGCUUUCUCACUCACUCUACAUCUCCCCUUGUUUGCCGCCUGACGAGCAGAACAGGCUUUUGAACAAUAUCAAGCGAACUGUUGGCGCAGCAAAUAAGCUCGGGGCAUCUGGAUUGGAAGCAGAGUACUGGGAUGAUUUCUUAAUUCGCGGUGUCCAACUCUUGUCCCUCCCAGAUCCUCGAAGACCUGUUCGUCGGUCAAAAUCUGAACUUGAUGCUGUGACAGCAAGCCGUGAAAAGGUCACAAAAGAUCCGUUCUUGUACAACCCUUUCUCGAAGCCAAGUAAUAAAGUCUCCGAGCUUCUCAUGGUUGCUGGGGAGCAUGCAGCCUUUCGGGUGACACUUCAAAACCCCUUCGAGUUCGAGGUCGAAAUCGAAAGCAUCCGCCUUGAGGCUGAAGGCGUGCCCCUCGAUGCUGUUGCAGAGUACAUACUGCUUGCCCCACUCUGCAUCCAGGAUGUCACAGUGUAUGGCAUCGCGCGCGGGGAGGGUUCUUCGAAAAUCACUGGCUGCUCUGUCAAAGUCCGGUACUGCAGGGAACGGAAGUUCCCGAUAUUCAAAGAUCUGUGGCGACCAGAGGUGGAAAGAAAAUUCAAACGAACCGGCUUAGCAGCCAAAAAGCCCUCGAUAGACCGUCCUAUGUCUUGGAGCUCGACAACUUCGAGAGACGGGAAGCUGGUCCCCAAAAAAGGGCCUGAAACGUCGUGUUGUGAGAUUAAAGUCAUUGGCGAGCAGCCAUCCCUCCUCAUAGAGUCGUUAUCUUUAUCACAAUCUGCGAUUAUGGUCCUCGAAGGCGAAAGGGCAUCCUUCAGCAUUACACUGCGAAACACUUCAUCAUGUGCUCUCGACUUCAUCCUAUUUUCUUUUCAGGACUCCAUAACGAAACAAGUUCAAUCUGCACUGAAUAACAAGGACUUGCUCCCCGUUGAAGUGUAUGAACUAGCACUUAAAUUGUCAAGGCCAGCUUUGCGAUGGCGUAGAGAGGGCCCGGAUCCGAGCGAUCACUCGAUAGCAGCAGGACAGCGUGCUACCUUUACCAUUGAUAUUAUUGGCAAUCCUGGGUUACAAGAGGCGACUGUGCAGAUUGAUUAUUCCCGCAUCGGGGUCUUCCAUGAUGCUCUACCUGAUGUGUUUUAUACCCGACAACUGUUUAUCCCCCUGGCUGCAACUGUCAACGCAAGCGUAGAGGUGGCUCGUUGCGAUAUCUUACCCUUCACAAGCGACUUUGCUUGGUGGAGUAGUGAGGAAAAUGGGGGCAAUCCACCCGCCACUACCAACGUUGAAUCCUCGUACUCCAACAAUAGCGACCACUUUUCGUCCGUUCUGUCUAACCUCGCGCGGGGUACUUACGGAUCCGAUCAUUGUAUUCUCCUUCUUGAUCUGCGCAAUGCUUGGCCAAACCCGUUAUCAGUAGCUCUCCAAGUUAGCGAAAACCCGGUUGAGGCGCCAGUCGACAGCCUAUCCGAGAAUAAGGACGGCCAGUAUAUCGUCCGGGAGAUUCUUCAGCCCGGACAGAUGUCACGCUUCGUUCUCGUUUUACCUCGUGUCUAUGUACAAAACCCUCAUGCUUCGAUCCCAUCACUCAGCACUGGGUUCAAGAGGCAAUUCGUCGUCAGUGCCAAUAAGCUUACAUUUGAAGCAGAGGCUGCGUCCCGAGAAGCGUUCUGGUAUCGCGAGGAACUCCUCAAAAGGGUUGCCGGAUUCUGGACCGAGGCGUGUGGCGAACGAGAGGGAAUUAUUGACCUCAGGAACCUCCGCUUUACCGCCCGGAUGGUAGAUGCAUUUCGGCUCGAGGAUGUCGAGAUGAGCUUCUCGUUGAAGUCCUCAUUUUCCGGGGGCGAUGAAAACCAGGAGCGUAAUAGCGUCAUACAAACGGGACGAUCGAAGUACAAGGUCCAAACCGACGAGAUGAUGGACCUCACCGUUACCGUUUCUAACCGCUCCUCCAAACCUAUCCACCCUCUUUUACGACUCCAGCCCAGUCUUCGGCACCAACCCAGCAACGUCGCGCUUGAUCUUCCAAGACGCCUUGCCUGGACAGGCAUGUUACAGCAGGUGCUUCCCGUGCUAAACAGCGGAGAGCGCACCAGUACUACCGUGGGAGUAACGGUUCUCUGCCGCGGCGAAUACGAAUUCGGCGCCACCGUUGAGGAACUACGACUCUUACGCGCAUCCCCCGAAGGCGAAGGAGACCAGAAAUCAAAUAUUGCCCCAGGCCCCCCGAUAGCGCCCUCCUUUGACGAUGAGGGUUUCAUCCAGGAUACCUUUGGCGCAGAUUUGGCCAAGAAACGACGAAUCUGGCAUGCAAAGGAAACAUGUGUUAUGAAUGUUCAUGAUUAACGGCCAUAAUCAACCACUAUUUGUAUUGCUUACUUACUGUCUUUUCUCUCUCAACCCGAACAACGAAGCUUUUUUUUUUUUUUUUCUUUUUUAGCGCAACACAGCCCCUACCAGUGGUUUCAUGAAUGAAAUGAAAAAAGAAAGAAUGUUUUGUACAAUCCCGAUGCCAGAUAUGAUGUUGCUCUAAUGCUGUUAUUGUGGUUUGGGGAAGGGAGUCAUUAACUAAGUAACUAUAUCAGACCUCUCAUUAAUUGAGAUGUUUAGUGGAAGGUGAAGGUAUCAAGUGAGAUCUAGAAUAGAAGCUGCAAUAUUUUGAUACCAGGUA